CGUCCAAUAAACGCAAAAUGGCGCCAGGAGGAGCACCAAAGAAGAACAAGGGCAAGUACUACACCAAGCCCAAGCGGUCGGGAGGACCACCAAGGGGAAGCGAUGGGCAGGGGAACUUCAAGGGGAACGUCAUGGAGGCCUACCGUCAACAGCCGCUGCCCGAGAUGCUCAGCAACCCGGGCAUCUUUGUUACCGCAGUGCAGGGCAAGGAGCAGCAGGCGGAGCGCGAGAUUAUCGAGGCUCUCGAAGCCGCAGCCGACGAGCUGUACCCCGAGACAGCGGCCCAGGGCGGUGAUGACGGUGGCGAUGGCGACGACAUUGAAGACAUGUUGAAACGGGAGCUCGAGUCGUUGUCGGCGCCAAAGAAGAAGUCGACUCGGUUCCGCGUGUGCAAGCGCGAGACGGCCUGCGUGUGCUACAUCCUCGUCUACCCCCCCUUGGAUCCGGUCAAGCUCGUCUACAACGUGCUCGAGCGGUGCGAGCGCACGGCCAAGUGCUCGUUCAAGUUCACCCAGCGCCUCACGCCCAUCACGGCCACGAGCGGCGGCUACCUCGACAAGCUGGUCGCCAUGGCCGCCGAGACUCUGCCUGCUGGAUUUGAGAAGGAAGGCGGCGGCGCACUGAAGUUUGCUAUCAAUGUCAGCACCCGCAACUCGGCCAAACUCGAGCGCUUGGAAAUGAUCAAGGCUGUCGCCGAGGAGGUCGCCAAGCUCAACCCCGAGCACAAGGUUGACUUGACAAACCCCGACAGGACGAUCCUGCUAGAGCUUUACAGGACCCACCUCGGCAUGAGCGUUGUCUCCGACUUUGAGAAGUACAAGCGUUUCAACCCUUCGCGCGUCGCCAAGGAGGCUGCCAAGGCGCAGGGCAUCGAGGAGGAAGAAGACAAGUCCGAGGAAGCGCCUGCAUCGGGCGACAAGCCCAAGGCGUCGGUCGGCGAGCUCAAGAAUGCCAACCGUGCCAGGAGGCUAGCCGGGAUCCGUGAUGCCGAGUCUGCUGCUACUGCUGCCGCUGAGCGUCCGCCAAAACGCAAGGCUGACGCUGAGCUCGAGGAGGGACAAGUUCCCAGGACGGCCGAUGACGUCGAGGUGGGCGAGGUCGUGGACGACGAGACGGCCGAGCUCGGUGACGAGUUCCAUGAGGUUGUUCAGGGCGGUCGUGCGACCAAGGUCCGCCGGGAGGAGUAGUGUCCAUCACUCAUGCAUGUAACAUGUAGCUAUUGUCGUGUCUUUACAUUAUGCAUUGUGGUC